CACACAGCAGAACGCAGGAGCUGCUGAGUGCACGAGGUGAAACAGUCUGACUCUCCUCGUAGUAUCCAGUGUCAGCACCCCUCGUUUGGAUUUUCUCCUCGCGGGGCAUCUUCUGAUCGGAGAAUAAAGGCGCGCUUGGAAGGCAAAGAUUUGAGGAUAUUGUUGUUCAGUGGAAGUGGCGCCAUGACGUCUUAUCUGUUUCUAUUAGCUCUGCUCGGGAUCGCGGUGGCGCAACACGGUCGUUAUAAUCGAGCCUAUAGCCGCGCACCAGGCGAUUACGUCAACGACAACACCAAUCAGCACUACGCCGUCCGCAACAUCCAACCCUACGGCGGCAACGCCAACAACCGCGGUUAUGUCGAAAUACCGGCCACCUACUCCCAGGCGAGGCCCACCGCUGAGUGGGCGAAUCCUCCUCAUGGCAGGAGAGGCGUCCACGCCGAUCUGCGGGCGAUGCAGCAGAGACAUGGUUUCAACGAGGCGUCGCCGGGGUACCGCACAGGCCGCGCCUACGACCAGCGAAUCAACUACGAGCAAUCCCGGCCUUACCGGGGCGGACAGUAUCUUGCGAAUAACCAAGGCAGGAACUACGGUCCGCAGGUGAACUAUCAGCAACACCCGUACCAGGGCUCCCGCGGCCAACAUCCGGGGGUGGGCGGCGGCUAUCAGCAACCUCAGUACCAGGGCUCCCGCGGCCAACAUCAGUGUGGGCGGCGGCUAUCAGCAACCCCAGUACCAGGGCUCCCGCGGCCAACAUCAGGUGGUGGGCGGCGGCUAUCAGCAACCAUCGUAUCAUACUGCUGUCAAGCUGCCGCAGCUGCCGGCCGUACCACAGCUGCCAAGCCUUCAACAGACAUCGUACGAAACUUCGGGUCACGGCUACCAGAAGCCAACCUACCAAGUCUCCGGUCAACAAGCGAGUGGGUACCAGCAGCCAACCUACCAAACCACCGGUCAACAAGCGAGUGGGUACCAACAGCCAGCAGCCACCAAUCAAGCUUACAGCGCCGGCGCGUACCAGCAGCAGCCGCAGCAGCAGUACGCCAGCCAACCAACUGGUCAACAGGGCCAAUACACGGCGCAGACAGGCACUAGUCAAUCGACCUACUCUUCCCCGGUGAAUCAACUACCUCGACCAACGUCCGUCAUUGUUCCUGGUGUCAACUACAGGCGACAGGAGGCGACGCCGUACUCCGUUGCUGAGAACGCCGCCAAGCCGACAAAGUACACGUCGGUGCUCGUGCCCGGUGUGAACUACGAGAGCAGAGAUAGCCAGCGGUACACUGCGUCGCUGAAGCCGUUGACUGUUCCGUCGGGUGUAGUCAUACCGGGCCUCAACUACGGCGAGGACGAGUUUUCGGCUCCUGCGAAAUCUCGCGCCUUGUACGUCGACAAGGCGAUGCUACCUGUCGUCGCUGGCCUGCAGACGUACGGUGAAACGCCUCCGCCGACCAACUACACGUACGCGCAGCCCGCGGCGGGAUCCUACACUAGUGGACAGGUGGGUGGUAACAGCUACGGCGGGGUUGUGCAGACGGGGACGUACGCCGCAGGUACGGCUGCCGUUAGCGUGCAGGAGUCUCCGGUGCAGAACAGCUACGCGGUGGAGCAACCUCCGGCGACGUACGUGCGAGAAACGUCGCCGUCGUCCGGCAGCGUCAGCAGCUACGAUCAGCUGCCGACGUCGUACGGUAGCCGCGUGUCUGCCGCCCUGCCUACGAGCUACGGACAAACGCCCGCGCAGGCCACCGUGUCGGCGCCACACAUAGCGGGACAGCAGUACGACCAGGCAGCGACGUCGUACGCCGGGCCGAGCGACCAGAGGGCGCUGCUGACGGACGUUCGCAACAGCUACCUGGCGGACAUAUCUAGCGGACACCAGGUGGUGCUGCCGGACGUCAACCGCAACGUAGUGCAGCGAUACGGCAGCGGAAUCGAUAACAUCAUCAGAGAUAUCGACGUGACGUGCGACCCGCUCUGUCGCUCCAUGGACAUUAAGAUCGACUUUACGAGCAAGCUACCGACAAAGAUCAAGCUAGUGACACCCGGCUACAAUCCACGCGAGAAGAACGACAACUGCUACUUUGAGGGUGGCAAUACGGAGCGAGCGUUCUUCGGCAUUUCUCUGUUUGGAUGCGGCACCACGGAGCUCGUGAAUGAUGAAAGGCAGUUGGUACAGUACAAUAAUGUACUCAAACUCAAACUCGAAAACAGCGGAGAGGAAAGGCAAUACCCGAUCGCCUGCUCGAUUUCUUCUGAUGAACGAGUAAAGAUGAUCAGCUAUCUGGGAAAAUUACUUAAAGAUCGGCCGAAGAACGAGACUGGACCAAACAUAGCAAUUCCUAACUAUUGCCUCCAUCUGUCGGAAGUGAAGAAUAAGCUUACCGAUUUGAGAGCUGGAGACAGCUGCCUAUUGAAUCACCAGUGUCCACCACAUGCUAUGUGCCUUCCAUAUGGCGGCAUCAGGAUUUGUCAGUGCUCAAUGGGAUGGACUAACUAUGGCGGGCGGUGUAAAUCAGUGCCGCGAGAUGGUGACGUCUGUUACACUUCCGAAGACUGCAAGCGCGAGCAAGCAUCUUAUGGGUGCUCGUCCGGUCAACGUGUUUGCCGCAUCCGUGUCGAAGUGGGUGGUCACUGCAUGGACAAUGCUGAGUGUGGUCCUCCCCAUCGCUACUGCCGGGCCGACAGUAAUACUUGCGCCUGCAAUCCCAACUCUAGCGCCGCACGGUGCUCCGAGGGAUAGCCAUCUUGUACAGACAGAUAUGCGACCAGCCUGAAAGCCACUCGGACUGACAGACAGGCCGACAGACAGGCAGACAGACAUACAGAAAGAUAGCUAUAUGCACCUGUUAUGUUGCUCAACGUGUGUUAAUCGUUAUAGUCACGCGAAUAUAAAAACCGCAAAACUGGCGUUGCCUUGACGACGUAUUGAUUUUGUCUGUCAAAUCUUCGUAUCUACUAUAGGAAUAUGGGUAUUUUUAAACGAUGGGCCUAUUUUUAUAACAUUUACUUAAAGGCAUGAUACGGUUUUGUCACGUUGUGUUGGUGUUGAAAUUCAUAUUAUAUAUAUAUCUACUCACUAUUACUUUCGUUUAUAUAUCAAUACAUAAUAUCAUGUGUGUUGUACUAAUUAUGUCAUUCUGAAUUAUAGAUGUAAGUAUAUAUAUUUAAAAACAA